CCCCACUUUCUUCAAGUUCAACGUUUCUCUUCGGCCCUUUACUCUUCACCGUCGUGUAGUAAGCCUGUAUCAGCCUCGCCCACUCGGCCCAGCGAAAAUGUCUGGCCUCUUCUAUGUGUUCCUGAAGUGGACGAAAGCCGCCGAUAACAACGCUUCUGCCAAACACGGUCGCUAUCUCCUCACUUUCAGCUCCAGAUACGAAGCCGACGAACUGUUUCGCGACCUAAAAGAUUUGCAGAGCGGGAAUCGCCAUCUGUUUCCGGUGUUGAUUCGCACGUCGGCGCAAUUCUGGUGCUACGAUUCGCCCGAGUCGUGGGAGUCGAUCCUCCGGUUCCAGAUGCGCAACGACCUGCCACAGUUCAAGAACACGUUCAUGACGCAGCUGCUACCGAACGGCGACGGCAAUUCGACGUGGCCGAUCAUCCAGAACCCCGAGCUGGGCCCGGACUGGAUCAGCGGCGGCGAGUACUUCAUCCGCAACCGCCGGCAGCCAAAUCUCUACUGGUACGUCUGGGCCAAUCAGAUCCGCACCUCCGUCUCGCGCCGCACAAAGUUCUGCAUCACGAGAACCGGGACUUUCUCGGACGCCGACCGCGCGCCAGUGGUGCUGGUCAGGCUGGACAAGGUCAGCGUUCGCGCGGUUGCAGAGACGCUCACCCCCGGGGCUAUCAACCCAGACAACCGCAAGUACGUCUCCGUCUCGGAGCGGCCAACUAACCAUCUGGAAAUGAGCGCCAAAGAUACGCAUUGGGAAUUCGGCACGCUCGUAAACAAGGUUGUCGGUGUCAUGUGGGACACUUGUUCAGACGCAACCUGGGAGUCCGAGGUACCGCUCGUGACGUACAUGCCCGGUGGUGGCGGCGAUGAGUGGGAGCUUGUGUAGCUGUGUGUUGGGAUUUCUUGUUCAGAGUGUAUUCUGCUUUCUGAUUGUUUUGGGUUUCGACUUGGGGUGGAAUUCUUCCAAUGGUACCUAGAUCGCGUUGCCGUACAGUCCAAGGGGGAUAGAAUAUACAGCAUCG